AUGGCAUACCUCAAAGUGGUCUCCCAUCAUCUCGUCGCCGCCUCCAAAGAAGCUGACCGUACCUUCAACACACUAAAUCACAGCCCUGCCGAGAUAGAAAAUGCACUCCCGAAUUUCAGGCACCUCGAGCCUAAACCUCAGCCAUGGCUCCUGCUCUCUCCUUGGCUUGACCUUGUCUUAUCAUCUCAGCGCAUUCCACGGGACAGUGUGCACCAAAUUCUUCUACCACGCUCUUUCCUCCUGUUCCUCAAACACGCGAGUGAAUCAGCGCUACUCACUGGCCGCGUGCCUGAAGCGGACGCCGAGGAGCUUGCGGACUUAUUUCCUACAUCCACGAUACGAGGCAAGAAUAUCGCUGCUCUUAUUCAAAAGACGAAAUACUUCGCCCGGCUUGAUACAUGCAGCCUCAAAGAUGCCAUCGUGGGCGAAGGCCCCAUCAAGAAUGUGAAGGAUAUCUGGACGAGGCUUGCGACAUCUAGCCGGGGCAUGAUGGGUAUACGAGAUAUACGCAAUGCGGAUCCUGAAAGCGAUGUGUACCUUUGGCUCUUCCCAUGGAACGAGAACAUCCAAACGCGAUUCGAGUAUAGAGUCUUUUGCUGUCCGCCUGAAGGGGAGAUGGUGGCGGUGUCGCAGUAUCAAUGGCACAGCAAGUGGUAUCAUGGUGAGAAGAAGCGACAAGAGCAGCACGAUAUUGCGGAGCGUUUGGUUAUGAAUUGUCAGGUUGUGCAUGAUCAGAUCAUGGAGCAUUCUGCUAUGACGGAGGAGAUUAGGGAGAGCGGCUUCGUGUUCGAUGUUGUGGAGGAUCCGGAUACUCAGCAGGUGGCAUUGCUGGAGCUGAAUGACUUUGGGGCUAUGAGCUGUUGUGGUAGCUGUCUGUUCCAAUGGAUCAAAGAUGCGGAGGUCUUGUAUGGGAUGAAGGUGGAAGAAGGGGUUGAAGUGCGAGUGGCAUAUUGA